GUCUGUAGGAAGCACCAUCUUUGGAUUGAGAGUGGAGGUCAAAACUAUAGACUAGUAACUUAUAAAAAUUACAUACCGGUUAGUUCAUCGUAACACUUGACGUCUGAACGAACGAUCAUGCGUAGCUCCGCUAGCGCCAUCGGGCGGCGAUUAUACGCAGCGCAGGCCGCCGCUGCACAGAAGACGGAGGCUGUUCAAGCUUCCCUUCAGAAAGAGCAGCCGAAAAUCAGCAAACUAGCCAACGGGAUCCAGGUUGUCUCAGUAGAGAAUUUCUCUCCGGUGUCCAAGGUGGUGGUUGUAUACAACGCUGGAGCGCGAUUCGAAAGCUCACAGAACCUAGGAGUAACCCACGCUCUCCGAAAUGCUGGCGCACUCGCAACAAAGGACACGUCGUUCUUCGGCAACGUUCGUAACCUGGAGUCGUUCGGAGCGAGUCUCUCCGCGACGGGAACAAGAGAACAUCUCAUCUACACGCUGGACGUCCUGCGAAACAACUUUGACGCAGCGAUGCCGUUUCUCGCCAGCGUCGUCACCGCGCCCGUGUUCAACCAAUGGGAGCUCGACGCUGCCGCCAACAGACUGAAGGUGAACCUAGCACACUACGAGCAGUCGGCGUGCAUGCGCGUCAUGGAGACGGUGCAUGCAGCAGCCUACCGCGACACCCUCGGCCGCUCACUCUACUCCCCCGCCUACAUGGUCGGCCGCCACGACGCCGCCGCCAUGGCCGACCACUGGGGGCGCUACUGUACGCCGGGUCGUCUCGCCGUCGUCGGCCUCGGAGUCUCGCACGCCUCGCUCAUCGAUCACGUCUCACACAGGUUCACAGCCGCGGCAGGGGGCGCCAGCGCCGACGCGACCACCGCGCGUUUCGGCGGCGGUGAGAUUCGAGAGCUCACGGGGGCGCCACUCGCACACGCCGCCGUUGUCGCAGAGGGCGCCGCCGUCACGAGCGCGCGCGACGUGGUGGCGCUAGCGCUGCUGCAGAAGCUGCUCGGCGCCGGCCCGACGAUCAAGUACGGCGCGACGGCGACGACCUUGACCUCGUCGCUCGCGAAGGUCGCGACGGGACCGUUCGCGGCGUCGGCCGUCAACGCCAGCUACACGGACUCCGGAGUGUUCGGCUUCUACGUCGUCGGGCAGCCGGCGGACAUGGCCGCGCUGCUGCGCGCGGGCAUGGAGGAGGUCCGCUCCCUCGCGAAGAACGGCGUCACGGAUCAGCAGCUGCAGCAGGUGAAGCAGCAGCUGGCAGCUGCCGUGCUCAUGGAGGAGGAGGAUGCUAACGAGUACGCGAUCUGCCUCGCGACACAGGCUCUUCACUCCGGCGACUUGAUCAGCAGCAACGACGUCCUCGCUGCCAUCGCCGCGGCAACCGCCGCCGACGUCGCCGCCGCCGCGAAACGCAUCGUCACCGGAAAGCUGGCGAUGUCUGCCGUGGGAGACCUCCGAAACACGCCCUACCUCGACGAGCUCGUCUAAUUAAUAUGCUAAUUAUGUCGAGCGGUUAACGAGGUGGCGUCGUUGUUAUUGUAACUGUAAUUAUUGGUUAGGUAAUCGGUUGAGGGAGACUAUCUCCUGCCAACCUCCGCCGGCCGUAUAGGUGGCGCUGACGUGCCUAGAGCUUCGUCGAAGUUUAGCGGGUUUGUCCAUCGAUUAGCAAAUAGCGUAACGUGCAGCUGGCAGCGUGCGCGUCGUCGAGGUACACUUUACCGGCAGAGGAAUUUUGCGACAAUUCUGGUGUUCAAUGUAAGGCCAUCGGUCAGUUUUGUUGUCAAUAAAAUUAAAUUAAUGUGUUCAAAAGCUAA